GUUUAACUUGAAUGGAAGUGCUAGUGGCGUUGAGGUUGAAGGGGUCCAAGGGAUCAUGGCUGCCUAUGCAAGUGCACUGAACCAUGUUGCUCUGGCGGGACCGACUUUAUUUGGACAAGUGAUCAACAAUGCAGCUGAAAUUGCUGGCCAGUCCCUCUCCUAUAGCAGCUGCAAAUAUUUUGUUUUGCUUAUCAUAACGGAUGGAGUACUUACAGAUCUCCAAGAAACAAAAGAUGCUUUGGUCAGGGCAUCUGAUUUGCCCUUAUCAAUUCUGAUAGUUGGAGUGGGAGGAGCAGAUUUUAAACAAAUGGAGAUCCUUGAUGCUGAUGAUGGUUGUCGGCUAGAGAGUUCUACAGGACGUGUAGCAACACGAGAUAUUGUACAGUUUGUUCCCAUGAGAGAAGUGCGUGGUGGGCAAACUUCCGUAGUCCAAGCUCUAUUAGAAGAGCUACCUGGCCAGUUCCUGACUUACAUGAGAAGCAGAGAUAUUAAACCCAAUGCAGUCAACAUAGCUCAAACAUCUGCUUCCCAUGCCACCAUCUAGUAAGGGUUGUCUCCCAUUCACCACUCCAGAGUUCCAAGGCAUUGUAAAUACCGAAACUAGGUUGACAAUAUACAUGCUGUCUAUAGGAAACACAGAUGAUUGACAUACCCCAAAGGGAAAAGGUUAGAUUACUUAGUCUAUACUGGGUACAAUCUGUUUUCAAGAAUGAUGAAUUGACCCAAUUGUAGUAACAAUUGACAGCAUUGGAAUGCACGGAUUUGAUUACAAAUAUUGAGAGUUUCACCAGUGUGUAUCAUGCAUGCCAAUUGACCUUUAAGCUUAUAUUUUUAGGUAGCAAGCCAAUGAUGUAUUUCAUGCCAAUUUUCCCUUGAACA